GUCAUAGUUAACGUAACGGAAACGUGAACCUGUGAAAUAAUUUACGUGAGUUUGGGUGCGCGUUUGGCAUUAGAAAGCGUAACAACAUUAACAUCAUUUGUCAAUAAACAACAAAAACAACAGCAACAGCUUCCAUCACAGGAAGACCACAAAGCAUGACCUCAGUGAAACCAUAAAAAUCAAGCUGAAAAAGAAUAUCAAACAACAACAACAACAACAUCACCAGUGACGUGGUGAAAAUAGCAAUCAACACAAAUAACAACAACAACGACAACGUCGACACCAUAAUCGAACGCUUAAAUUGAAAACGGAAGAGUGGCAACCUUUUCAGUUUCCGUUUCCUUUCUUUGAUUUGUUCAACAUAACCUAGCAGAAAAAACCUCAACAAACAAACUAAACCAAACACAUCGUUAUCUCCCCCAACCUACCCUCCCCUCUCCACCGCAACACAUCUUCCCACCCACAUCUUCUGCGGCAAACAGCAUUUAUUUUCGGAAAUUCCUUUGGCUUCUCGUUUGUUUGCUUAGUAGCCUUGGGACGAGGACACUUGGGAACGCAUUCUAACGCGUUGGCGCGUAUCUAAAGCGUAGCGUAGCCCAAUGUACCAUCGUCGAGGGUGUGUUCCAACCAAAACGUGACACAUGGCUAUGUACUAUUAUGCAAGUAAGAUAUCAGCAAUUGCCUGUGGUACACGUUGUCGACAGAGUGUUUUACAAAAAUCUCGCGGUCAGCGGGAUCGCGAUAAACACCAACAACACCAUCGUCACAGCCAACGUCACAAGUCUCGGCAUUGUGGCCAGAAUUCUUGCCAGGGUUCACCGAAUUGUAGCAGCAGCAGUGAGGGUGGUUGUGGUCUGGCCAGUGGCAGUCGAACACCUGGUGAUUGUACCACCGACACCGAUGACGAAUUGGACAAUGGGGUCGAUGGCGGCGGCAUUUGCAUACGCAUGCACAAACGCAAUCAUGAUAACGAUGGAUAUGGUGGUGGUGGUGGUAGCGGCAGUGGCCGCAUUUAUGUCACUAUUACAAAUGAUCCUGGCACGACGGAAACAUCGGUGUCCACAUUGGUGGCCAUGGGCAGUGGUGGUGGCGGUGUGGUCAACGAUACGGCAGCUGGGGGCAGCAUGGAUGGUGUGCGAUAUAGAAGACGUUUUAGCGAACAACUGGAUAUGUACGAUAUUGAGCUUGGGUUUCAAAAAUUUGAGGUUUCCUCCUCAGCGAAUACCACAAAGAACUCCAUUACUGGUGGCUAUGGCUUUGGCUAUCACAACAUGGCCUCUGGAAAUGAUUUAGUACAGUAUGAUGUACCCAGAAAUAGCUACAAACGUAGUCAUGGUGAUGUCAAUUUUGAGAGCUCUGUUCUUGGUUCCGGUGGUAUAAUGUAUAUAAACGGUAGAAUAGUUUCUGGUCCAUUGGAAUCACUGAUAGAUGUAUUAGUACCCAAAAAUAUUAAUGAUUUAGAUAAGGAAUUUAUAUUUUCAUUUUUACUAUCGUCACGCCUAUAUUUACGUCCCCACGAACUGCUGGGCAAACUUCUAUCCUCAGUACCUGAUAGUGAAUCAUUAGAAUCGUUGGUAGCAUUAUUAGCUGAAUGGACAAAUAAGUUUCCCUACGAUUAUCGAGAUGAGCGCAUGAUGAGUCAUGUUAAACAUAUCGUUGCCAGAUGUUCCAAUACACGUUUAGAAGCCAUUGUUUCGGAAAUAUUGAGUGCCUUGUUAAAACGUUUGACUGAUUUGGAAAACCAUGAAGAAGAAUUGAGAGCAUGCCAAACAACUAAUACCAGCACAGCUGCCGAUAAGUCUGAUUCGAAUCUAUUUAGCUGUCCCACUUCUACCCAAUAUGCCCAGAUUUUGUGCCGCAUUGAAAAGAAGCUAGCCAAACAUAUUGGACCCGAAGAGUUUGUGCAAUGCAGCAGUAAUGUUCUGUUGGAUAAACAGAAAAAAUGGGACCAACCAUCAUCGUCCGGUGGACCACCAGGUGCUCAAGAUCCCAAAAAGACAUGCAAUUUGGAGACAUAUCUUGAUUGGUCAGCACGUUUGCGACUGUUUGUGUGCAACGAAAUAUUACAGUGCAGUGGCAUUCACGAACGCAGUAAAUGUGUUGAACUGUGGAGUGGUGUGGCCCAAUAUUGCCUCUUGGUGGGAAAUUACAAUAGCGCCACAGCCAUUUUGGAAACACUGGAAUCACCGGCAAUAGCACGUCUGAAAAUAACGUGGAGUAAGUUACAAGUGACAUGUCAGCAAUUAGAUUGCAUGCAACGUCAUGCCGAGGGCCAUGGAAAUUUGUGGCACAAGCAGGCCAUAGUCCUAAAUGAGAAUCAUCACUAUCAGCAUCAACUUCAGCAACAGCAGCAGCUGCAUCAGCAACAAAAGACUGAAACCCAUUUAACUUCUUCAGUAUUAUCAUCAUCAUCGGCUUUGUCAGCAACGGCAGCAGUACUGGGGACAACAAUUGCAAAUCCAGCCAUCCUCUCCACCUCAUCAUCGGCGGCAACGACUGUAACAGCAUUAACGGACACAACAAUGACUACCACCACAACGGCGGAUGUGGAAGUUGAUGCCGAAGCGGAAACAUCAUCGGCGGUGUUAAGUGCGGUCUCCCAUGAUGGAUCGACAACAGCUCCACCCUCGUCGUGUGGCUCGUCACUAAUAAAGACUCCCAUCAGCAGUAAUGUGACAACGAUGCUCGGCUCCUCGCCUGUUGAUGUGGAGCUGUGUGGCACAAAAAAACCUUUGACAUCGACAGCGACAAACUCAACUGCCACCCAAUUGCCAACGGCAUCACUUGCAUUUAAUCAUCACCUCCCCUGUAGCGUCUCGGCCAACAAUCUACCCACAUCUGCAUCCUUGGCGACAGCGUCAGUUACACAUCCGAAGGUUUCGAAUAGUUUGUCAUCAUCCUCGCCCUCAUCGUCGUCGGCAGCAACAGCUACAGCAACAUCAAAGGCAACAACGCAACCGAAGAAACCGAACGAUUGGGUUGUAAUUCCGGUGUUUGCGGAUAUUGUUAAAUUAGCAUUGGCAGGACGUGAAGACUGUUUACAACGUUUACCAAAUGGCCACAUAAAUAUAAAUGCUUUCGAUCGUAUGGCUGCCAUCGUCGGGGCUUUUACCAAACACAUGCAAUCGGUUAAAACAACAGAUGCUCCACAAACCACCGCAACCAUUGGCAGUAGCAGUACCGACAACAACAACAGGGUAUCCGGUGCUACCAUUGCGCCACAGGUAACAUCUGCAAUGGUCUCCGCCAGCGCCAACAACACAGCCUCCACAUCCACCGCAUCCGCCUGCACAGCAUCAUCGUCGUCCUCGUCAUCGUCGACACCGGCAACAGGAGGUGAAUAUGAGAUGUUUUGUCGCCAUAUGCAGAAAAUUACGCGACUUAGUGAAAAUGAUUUGUUGACCGACCCCUCCUCACCUCCCUGCAGUAUGAAAAUAUCAAUUACCCCCCACACUUCCAUUCUGGACAGAUUGUCGAAUAUUUUGAAUGGACAAGAAUAAUUGGCCCUUUGUGUUGCAGUCGUUUUGACCCAAUUUGAAACGUUCGAUUGAUGCCGACCAUUUAAAAUUUUUUUCUGAAAUAUUUUUGUACAGCUUGGCCAUAGAUAAUAUGAUGAGAAGGACUAAUAACAGCCCAUUUAAUAUUAAAUAUUACAAUCUAAUGUUGGACAUUCACAGGAAUCUUUGUCUGUUCG